UCGGCCAGUUUCUGCUGUCUGCUUGGCGGGUGUUGAGCGGUGCGCGUCGCGGGCUGGACCGUUCCUGUAUUUGUCGAAGGGCUUCGGCGACUGUGCAAUAAGAAAGUUGAAGAAGUAGAUUACGGGCCGAAGAAGGAAGAUAUUUAUGCACCAGUAAACCAUUGGCGCCUAAUCAUGAAGGCGAUACCGAAUUUCUGCUUGGUUUUCUUCGCGGCCAUUGCAGUGUCACUGGCGCAGGACAGCCCCCGACUGGAGCUUCUGCCGUCUGCACCGGAGAACCGCCGAGACAUUGGCGCCUCGGGCUACUUCCAGUGCAAGGUGAUCGGUCAGCAGGAGGGGCUCAUCAGCGACCUCGUGUGGACCGACCCCAGCGGAAACGAGGUGCCGGACGAGAGGAGCAGUCGGGUGUACUCGUCGUCCAAGGACCCGAGCAAGGAGCUCGAUUUGUACGUGACGAACGUCACCGAACACGAUUCGGGCGAGUACACGUGCAGGGCGCGCUACGGAAACCAGGAGAUCACCAACAAGUUCAACCUGCUCGUCUACA